AUGUCGGGCAAUCCCCCCACAAAACCCCCAAUCACAUGUCACGUCCUCGACACAACAAUCGGCCGCCCCGCCGCUAACAUCCCCGUAACCCUUACUUUAUACCCCUCCCCCUCUUCCACCACCACCACCUCCUCCAGCUCAACCCUAACCUUCACCGCAACAACCAACACCGACGGCCGCGUAACCGCCUGGACGCCCUCGACGCCCUUCUCCUCCACCACGCUCGCCGAAGCAUUCGCACAGCCAGGAGAUCAGAGGUACGGAUUGACGUUUGAUACGGAGGCGUAUUUUGGGGAGAGAGGGGUAGCGACGUUUUUUCCAGAGGUGGAGGUCAAGUUUGUGGUGAGGGAGGGGGGGAAAGGGGAGCAUUAUCAUGUGCCGGUGCUGCUGGGGCCGUUUGGUUAUACGACGUAUCGGGGGAGUUGA